UCCCCACGGGGCAAAUCUGAAACUUUCAAGCCUUUCAGCGACCUAGCCCCCGGCCAGCCGCUGCGACAAACACCCGCCACGAAGCAUUCUCAGCAAGACUAAUCCACAGGGAAACAGAAGCCUUAGUUGAUAGACCAACAUCAACUACAAUUUCCCUCUCAAAACCCUUAUAUAUCAGUAUAUCACCAAUGAUCUAACUGGUAACAAAGAAGUCUCAAACGAUCAAAAAGUUCAGAAUAGAACUAAUCGAUAUCUAGUCUGGAUUUCUUUGCGAUGUUGGAAAGGUUUUGGAUUUGCGUUUGAAUAGUUAAAAGUACCAAUUGAGCUUUUAAACUUAUUAGAUAGAGAUGUCUGUUACAGCAGGUGUGAGUGAUACUGUAAUUGCUAUUAGGGAGAAGCUUAGGGGUAAAAUUGGCCAGACAAAAGUGAAAAGAUAUUGGCCUGGUAAAGCUCCUGAAUGGGCAGAUGAAGCUGAAGAAGAUGGGGAUAUUAGGACAACCAGAGCAGCUGCCCUGGAAACGGCCUUUCCUAGCCAGGAUGGCUCAGAUGUUGGAAAAAGGGAUGAUCCCAGGUUGCGUCGGUUGGCAGAGAGUAAGAUAGAUAAUCGUGAGGAAGUAAGGGCUGAUCACAGACGCAUCCGUCAAGCUGAGAUUGUCUCAACCAUCGAAGAGGAAAAUAGAAGACUGGAGAGGGUAGAUGAGGAGGAUGAGGAUGAGGAUGCCCUGGACGAGAAGAGGAGGAGAAUCAGAGAAAAGUUGCUUCAGAGAGAGCAAGAGGAGGCUCUCCCGGCAGAAGAGGAAGAGGAGGCAGAAGAGGAGGAGGAAGAAGAAUCGGAGUAUGAGACUGAAUCAGAAGAAGAGACCACUGGGAUAGCAAUGGUGAAGCCUGUGUUUGUCCCCAAGUCUGAGAGGGAUACCAUAGCUGAGCGUGAGAGGCUUGAGGCUGAAGAACAAGCACUUGAAGAUUUGAUGAAGAAGAGAUUAGAAGAGAGGAAAGUUGAGACAAAGCAACUUAUAGUUGAGAAGAUUCGAGAGGAAGAAGAGAUUCAGAAGAAUUUGGAUACAGAGGCUAAUAUUGCUGAUGUAGAUACUGACGAUGAGGUGAAUGAGGCAGAGGAAUAUGAAGCUUGGAAGGCCAGAGAAAUUGCCAGGAUCAAGAGGGAGAGAGAAGAUAGGGAUGCAAUUCUGAAGGAAAAGGAAGAAAUAGAGAAGUUGAGGAAUAUGACUGAGGAAGAGAGAAAGGAAUGGGAGAGGAGAAACCCCAAACCUGGUUCAGCAUCCAACAAGCAAAAGUGGAAGUUCAUGCAGAAAUACUACCACAAGGGUGCAUUCUUCCAGUCAAAUCCUGAUGACAGGGCUGGAACUGCUGGGGCAGAUAAUAUUUUCAGCCGUGAUUUCUCUGCACCAACUGGAGAAGAUAAGUUGGAUAAGACCAUAUUGCCCAAAGUCAUGCAGGUCAAGCACUUUGGUCGUAGUGGAAGGACGAAAUGGACACACCUUGUCAAUGAAGACACAACUGAUUGGAACAACCCGUGGACAUACAAUGAUUCUCUUCGGGCAAAGUACAAUGCAAAAAUGGCUGCUGUAAAUGCACCUAUUGCAAAGCCCAAGGGGAAGAAGCUGAAGGAUUGGGAAACUCGGUGAGUUCUCAUCUCAUUGUUUUAUGCAGUAACAGGACUUCCAGAAACAUGGGAUAUUCAACAAGUUUUCGUCUUCUUCCUGUUAGAGCAUUUUGAGAAUGCGCUUUUGUUGAUUCAAUAAGCUUGUUUUUUUAGUUGUAAUUUGAGUGUUGUAAAUCUUCCUUCACCAAUGGAAACUCGAUAGGGUUCUUCGUAUUCUUCCUGUUGCAUUAGAAGUGGGCGUGUAUGUGGCAAUAUAACUCUAGUUUAGUUAAUUAAAAUUUCUAUUCUAAACCUUUUGGUCUUUUAUCAAUCGUGGUUAUAGUUCAGGGAUUACAUUAAUAAUACAAUGUGUUGAGCUGCUAGCUCUUAUUGGUCC